GUCUGCAUCGUUUGAACACAGGACGGUUGGUUAGAAACCUGCCCGGGAAUCAAAUGCAACUAACCGACCCGACGAGAACACAGAAAGAUAACGGCCGGGAUAGAGACCAGGAUCUCGGAUGCUUGGUAGAGAGAAUCUGCACACGAGGGGAAGGGGGAAGGGGGGGGGUGAGAAAUUGACAGCAGUCAUCUUCCCCCUCCCUCUACCACAAGGGGGGUACGAUCCAGUCAGUGUCCACUGUCCAAUUUCCACCACCAUUAUUCUGUAUUCCCGUUGGGCGACAAUCCCCAUCGUCGACAUUAUUCCAGAACAAUUCUUUGACUGGACGACUGGCGAGGUCCGACCCGUUUUAUUUUUUUUUUACUCUCUCUUUUCUUCUUGCCUAUCGGAGGACGAGGAGUCGGAAUUGGAAGAUGGACCAUAUCUCUGUUGUUCACUGCUCAGCCUCAGGACGAAUCACCCACGUAACAAUCAAGGUCGUUCCAUCAUCUCCUGCCAAUCACGACAGAGGCGAGCCCGUAACCUUCCUUCACCGCAUCCUUAUUGUUCACCAAAUCUGAUAAACAACCCAUUAAACCAAGUACUCAUGUGUAGUAUACACCGCCUGGGCCCGAGCACAGGUACUCCAGAGACUAUAGAGUCCACACCUUAACCGGUGGAGUUGAUUCGUGAUGCGUGACGAGUCAUCAGUAUCCGCGAGCCUCCGAAGAUGGGUAUGAAAGCCUAAAGGUCGUUGUGCUCUGUCCAUCAAGUGGACAGAAGAUGGCAUGGUAUCCCUCGGAUUUUUUUUUCGUUCCCCCUCCUCUGGAAUUAGUACCCCGCUUUUGUGUGUACCGAGAAUUUCUCUUGUCCUUGGUUUUUUUUUUCUCUCUGUGACAUGUGGGAGGGGAGGGCAGAGUAGAGUUGUUAAAUAAAAGAAAAAGCGAUUUCCCGUUGGAUUACCAGGCAUUGAAGGGGGGACUUGCGCUUCUACUAGCCUACUACUCUUUUAACUUGCAUGACACUUCUCCCAUAG